UGUCAUGGUUCGACCGCUGAACUGCAUCGUCGCCGUGUCCCAGAAUAUGGGCAUCGGCAAGAACGGAGACCUUCCCUGGCCAAUGCUCAGGAACGAAUUCAAGUACUUCCAAAGAAUGACCACCACCUCCUCAGUGGAAGGUAAACAGAACCUGGUGAUUAUGGGCCGGAAAACCUGGUUCUCCAUUCCUGAGAAGAAUCGACCUUUAAAGGACAGAAUUAAUAUAGUUCUCAGUAGAGAGCUCAAGGAACCACCACAAGGAGCUCAUUUUCUUGCCAAAAGUCUGGACGAUGCCUUAAAACUUAUUGAACAACCAGAGUUAGCAGAUAAAGUGGACAUGGUUUGGAUAGUUGGAGGCAGUUCCGUUUACAAGGAAGCCAUGAAUCAGCCAGGCCAUCUCAGACUCUUUGUGACAAGGAUCAUGCAGGAAUUUGAAAGUGACACGUUCUUCCCAGAAAUUGAUUUGGAGAAAUAUAAACUUCUCCCAGAGUACCCAGGGGUCCUUUCUGAAGUCCAGGAGGAAAAAGGCAUCAAGUAUAAAUUUGAAGUCUAUGAGAAGAAAGGCUAACAGAAAGAUACUUGCUGAUUGACUUCAAGUUCUACUGCUUUCCUCCUAAAAUUAUGCAUUUUUACAAGACCAUGGGACUUGUGUUGGCUUUAGAUCUAUGAGUUAUUCUUUCUUUAGAGAGGGAUAGUUAGGAAGAUGUAUUUGUUUUGUGGUACCAGAGAUGGAACCUGGGAUCCUGUGCAUCCUGGGCAACUGUUGUACUCUAAGCCACUCCCCAAAGUCAUGCCCCAGCCCCUGUAUAAUUCUAAACAAUUAGAAUUAUUUUCAUUUUCAUUAGUCUAACCAGGUUAUAUUAAAUAUACUUUAAGAAACACCAUUUGCCAUAAAGUUCUCAAUGCCCCUCCCAUGCAGCCUCAAGUGGCUCCCCAGCAGAUGCAUAGGGUAGUGUGUGUACAAGAGACCCCAAAGACAUAGAGCCCCUGAGAGCAUGAGCUGAUAUGGGGGCUCAUAGAGAUAGGAGCUAGAUGAAUAAGUACAAAGGGCAGAAAUGGGUUUUAAACAGCAGAGCUAGAACUCAGACUUUAAAGAAAAUUAGAUCAAAGUAGAGACUGAAUUAUUCUGCACAUCAGACUCUGAGCAGAGUUCUGUUCACUCAGACAGAAAAUGGGUAAAUUGAGAGCUGGCUCCAUUGUGCUCCUUAGAGAUGGGAGCAGGUGGAGGAUUAUAUAAGGUCUGGAACAUUUAACUUCUCCGUUUCUCAUCUUCAGUGAGAUUCCAAGGGAUACUGCAGUGACAGAACAAGAAUAGGCUGCUUCUACC